AUUCGUCAAGUUUGUCAGAUAACACAUCAACAUUAGAUUUUUACGAGAUGUUUUUGGCAAGUUUCUUCAGAAAUCAAAUCAAUAAAAUUUUAUUAUAAAUAUAUUGUGUUAUCGAACAACUAGAACAAAAAACCUCAAUACAAUACAAACCAAGUAAGAUAACAAAAAAAAUAAAAAAAUAAUAAUAUGUCGUGUACUUCUUGUUUAAAAUCAUAUUCCUUUUUGCGUCCUGAAAAAGGUUGUCCUGGCUGCGGUUUUAGUUAUUGCUCCAAAUGUCUAAAUAACAAAAUAUUUUUGCACAAAAUCAAUUCCGAGGCGAAAGUUUGUGGAAAAUGUAAAAAUGCUGCUAAUUCUCAAGAGAAACCUAAAUUUGAUCCGCCUGAUGCUUACUUCAAAAGAAUAGGUGCUAUAAAUCCUCAAACAAAUGUAAAUAAAAACAGUAUUGAUGAAGAAUCUAAGGAUCCAGUUGAGGAGGAAAUAAGAAGUAGAUUAGAAAAAUUAAAAGAAGGAAAGCAAGAGCCUGUAAAAUCUACUGACAAGGACAUUACAGAUCGAUUAAAUACAUUAAAGAACAUCCCUACAACAUCACAGGCAGAACUAGAACAAAGAUUAGCAAACUUGAAAAAUGUGCCUGUAUCAACUCUGCAUAGUAAACCAAUUUUAACAUGUCCGGAUUUAAGAACAGAGGAGGAGCAAGCACAUGAUCUAAUGAGACAGUACAUGGAGCAAACAAGUAUUGAUAAGAAAUAUAAGGAUGAAUUUGAAGAAAAAGUUGGUGAAAUUGAAAUGAGAUUACAAAAAUUGAAAGGAUCAGCUGGCACAACCCAAAAUGAUGCUCCCAAAGAGAUGGAAGAGUCAGAAAGCGAAGAAGAAACUAUUAAAAAAAUUAUUGAAAAGGCGAAAGAGGAAGCCCUCUUGGAAGAUGAUUUUUCAAGUCCCAUAAAUGAAUUGCCAUUUUGUGAAAUAUGUAAUGAGAAUGCAAAGAUGAGGUGUUUAGGUUGCAAGUAUUUGUUUUGCAAACGAUGUUUCAUGGAACAUAGGGAUGAAGAUGAUGGUUGUGAUAAAUAUGAGACUUAUACAGCACCAAAAUCUUUUCAAUAUUAACAUUUAUCUUGUAAUUGCUAUUUAUUAGAAUAUAAGCAUAUGUCAAAAAAAAUUAUUAUCAAUAAAUAAAUAUUUUAUUUAAUACAUUA